AAAAAUUUACAGUAAAUACAGUGGGAUUUUUACCCCAGUAGAUUAUAGAUUCAUAGGGAUACACAAAUCUCCCUCCCAAAUUUUCACUUUUUCACCAUUGUUUUCUUCUCCCUAUUUUUUCACCAUUGCCGCUAAUCACCCUGCAAGUUAUAGUGGCAGCACCAUAGAUUCACAGGGUUGUGCGGCAAGAACAGCAAAAACCCUCAACUUCAUCCAUCACACCUUUUCUGUCAAAUUUUCCGUCGGGGAAUCUAAUCCUUCAUAAACUCCCCCCUUUUACUCGGACUAUUAGCAGAUUCGUGAAGAGAUUUUCAAACUUUUUUCUCUUUUAUUUUUUCUGGUUAAAUGGGGAAAAAGGUUAAGAAGAAGGCUAGAAGUGGUCAAAAGGAGAAACGGGUUGCUGCUGGAUCUCCUAACGCUACUCCUCAACAGAGUACACAAAAUACUGAAGCUCCAGAAGAUGUAACUGUAGUUGCUAAAGAGAGAAAAGCAUGCCCCCAUUUCGAUAAAGCCGUUAAUCUUGAGAAAGUUUCUGCAAAACUUGGUUCGUCAGAAUCUAUUACGUGCGAAGAAUGUUUAGGUGGUGCUGGUGAUAAGCGGCCUGGUAAGGGGAAGAAUAAACAUGGGAAAAAGAAGGCAGGCAUGGAUAAAGCUAUAUGGGUUUGUUUAGAAUGUGGUCAUUUUUCAUGUGGAGGUGUUGGUUUGCCUACGACACCUCAAAGUCAUGCCGUUGGGCAUGCAAAGAAACAUCGUCAUGCACUGGCUGUCCAGUUUGAAAAUCCCCAGCUUCGUUGGUGUUUUACUUGCAGUACACUUAUUCCAGGCGAUAAAGAAGAUGACAGUGGUGAACAUAAAAAGGUAAUACAAGACAUAGUGAAACUAAUUAAAGGAACGCAACCUGAGGGUACUAAUUUAGAUGCUGAGGAUGCGGUGUCUGGGAGUGGGAGUGCGAGUGUCACUAGUGGUGUCAUAUCAAAACAUUCUGCAUCUGUUGGCUUGAAUGGGAAAGGUGGUUAUUCUGUCAGAGGAUUUAUUAAUUUAGGGAAUACUUGUUUUUUUAAUUCAGUAAUGCAGAACCUUAUUGCCAUUGAUAAGUUGCGGGACUACUUUCUUAGGUUGGAUGGUUCAAUUGGUCCUCUUACUGCUUCUAUGAAAAAGCUCUUCACUGAGACAAACCCUGAAGCUGGCUUGAGGGGUGUUGUAAAUCCAAAAUCUCUUUUUGGUUCAAUAUGUUCUAAGGCCCCUCAAUUUCGAGGAUACCAACAACAAGAUAGCCAUGAGUUGCUUCGAUGUUUGCUUGAUGGCUUAAGUACUGAAGAACUUACUGUGAGUAGAAAAAUUCAUGCUUCCAAGGAAGGUGACAAGUCCCCAAGUGCAGAUCCCACUUUUGUUGAUGCCAUCUUUGGGGGGCAACUUUCUAGCACAGUUAGUUGUCUAGAGUGUGGGCACUCCUCGGUAGUCUAUGAACCAUUCUUGGAUGUCUCAUUGCCAGUUCCAACUAAGAAGCCUCCAUCUAAGAAAUCUCAAACAGUAACUCGAGGAAAAAAACCAAAACCUCCCCCAAAGAGAAGUGGAAGGAUCAGUGCAAAAGCUAGCAAAUCUAUAAUGUCUCCACCUGCUCAGAGUGUUCCAGACAAUGGCAGGACAUCUUGUGGUUCAUCACAUUUGAGUACACCUGUUCCAGAACCUGCAGUGGUUCCUCUCGGAGAUGCACCAUCAGAUUCCCUUGAUGCAAGUACUGUGGCCGAUAACAUGGGUUUAAUUUCACAUGUACCCUUUGCCACUCAGGAAUCUGAAAAUAAUAGAAUAGAUGAAGCAGAAACGUUAACCUCCACAGAUAAUUUUACAUGGUUAGAUUAUCUUGAGCCAGAUUAUGAAGAUUUAACUUUACAAAGUGACAACAUUUCAACAAGUAAGUGCUGUGGGAAUGAAAAUUCUGUUCAGCAAGAUGUAUCCUUGCAGAAGAAUUUGGAACCUAAUUUAGAGACAUCUUCUUCAGACAAUUUGGCAAGCUUGAGUAAUCAGGGACAAGAUAAAGUGUUACAUAACCAUGAUAUUGCUUCUAAAUUUAACGAAAUAGCACUAUUUGGAGAUUCUGGAGCCAGGGAUGCAACUCAAACUCACAAUAACACAGAAUCCUGUAAUCAAAUUUCCUUUGCAGAGUCAAACAUGGGAAUCAAUUCUUCUACACCAUGUUUGGAAGAUGAAGCACCCUUACAGGUACAGGAUUCAGAAAUAUUGUUGCUUCCAUACACAGAAGAAACCUCAAUUUCAUGUGAGGUACCAAAAGGAGAAUGUGAGGUUUCAUCUGUAGCUGGUUGCAAACAAGAUGUAGUGGACUUUGAUGGCUUUGGAGGCUUAUUUGAUGAACCUGAGGAGACUGCAAGUUGUUCUGUGAAGCCCUUGUCGAAUAGUGGUGCCUCUGACACAAAAGAACUUGGACAAGCUGGUUUUGUUGUUGGGAACAGCAGCGACUCUGAUCCAGAUGAGGUUGAUAAUAGUGAUGCUCCUGUGUCUGUGGAGAGUUGUUUAGCUUAUUUUACAAAGCCUGAGAAGCUUACCAAAACUGAGCAUGCCUGGCAGUGUGAAAAUUGUUCAAAAAUUCUGCAAGAACAAAAGAUGAGAGAGAGGAAGGGGUUGCUGAAACAUAGAUGUGAGAUUUUGGUGAAUGGGUACGGAGAUAUAAAUUCUAGUGAUACCCCUCCAGAGCUUGCAGUUGCCAAUGGAAAUAUGGAAGGAAAUGUAUUGGAUUCUAUUGAUCAUAGCUCGUUGUCUCAAAAUGGAGAAAGUAAUGGCCAUGUCAACACUGUACACAAAGUUAAUCAGAAAGCUGAGGCAGAUGCUGUAUCAUCACAGUCAGAAGACGCCUGUCCUGAUCCAUUAGAGUCUUCAGGGCAGGAUAAAUCUUAUAGUCAGUUGAGUUAUAGCUACAAAAACAAUGACAUCUGCAGCUCUAGUGAGGAUCCUCGUGAUGGAUGCCACAAUACUGAAACUAUGGAGGGAACUGACCUGUCAUCUGGAAAAUCUAAACCAGAUGAAAUUGAGGAUGAGGAGAUGGACUCUGAAAUUGUCAAAGUGGAAAGAGAUGCAACUAAGAGGAUCCUCAUCAAUAAGGCCCCUCCAAUCUUGACUAUACAUUUGAAGAGAUUCAGCCAAGAUGCUCGAGGCCGGUUAAGUAAAUUGAGUGGCCAUGUUGAUUUCAAGUAUACGAUUGAUCUUAAACCAUAUAUCGAUCCCAGCCGCUUAGAGAAAGAGGCGUACAAAUACCGAUUGCUUGGAGUGGUGGAACAUUCAGGGACUAUGAGGGGAGGGCAUUAUGUUGCGUACCUAAGAGGCAAGAAGAGCACAUCGCAAACUGAGAAUGGAGAUUUUGUGUGGUAUUACGCCAGUGAUGCUUAUGUGCGCGAGGUUUCUUUGGAAGAAGUUCUACGCUCCGAGGCAUACAUUUUGUUUUAUGAAGAAGUUUGAAAUGAAUAUCAUAUACCCAAUUUGAUAUUAUUUGAUUAUUUUUAAAGUUUCAAAGGUUAAAGUGUUCCAUAUGAGAGAGGGGGGUAAAGAGGGGGAGAGAGAAGUGUAUUACUGGUUGCAUUCACAUUGUAUUUCUUGCCCAGUUUUGUUUUAUAAAUUUUGUUUGAUCAAUGAGCCUCUAAAGAUGUAUUUUCUUUAGAAAGGAAAAGAAAUUGUUUUUACACUCAUACCAUUUCUAUUUGUGUACAAGGAAUUACUUCUUCUUCUAAAUUUAUUUAACUUCUUACCAAA